AAUAAAAGUAAAAAGGGGGAGAAAGAGAAAGAAGGAAAGAGUGAAAAAGUGAGGAAAAGGUGUGAAGGGAAAAUGAGCAGCGACACAAAAAAAGGCAACAGCGGUGGCAACGUUGGAGGUGGAUUCAGGUCAAGGUUGGAUCACUACCUCCAUAGCGGUGACAAGAAGCAUGUUUUUCUUGGCUUAGCUCUCAUCUCUGCUGUCUUUUCCAUCCCUUGGUUCCUUAUGAGUAGAGGUUCCAAACAUCAGUCUCAUCAAGAUUACCUGGAAAAAGCUGAUAAAGCAAGGAGCGAAAGACUAUCGUCUGCUCCUGCCAAAUGAUCUUCAACAGCAUUCUGUGAAAGAGCAUAGUUUUCCAGUUA